AUUUGUUAUCAGUUGCUCUCAAGAUUUUUCCACCAUUAGUCGGAAGAUAUCUAAGUAAAAAAAAAAAAAUUGCUAAAGAGUUUCGUAUUUUUUAUUAUAAACGAAACAUUAAAAAAUAUUAAAGCAAAGACAUUCGAUAUAAAGAACUCCAUUAAAAAUUCUGUUAGCUAUGAGUGGUUUAAGCUUUUCAAUCUUUGUCUUAGUAAUAUUUUGCAGUUAUGCUGCUUGCACUUCAGAAUCAAAACGGAGUGAACAUCACCGUCAGCUUGCCAAGAGCUUUGGAUUACCCCACGUGAAACAAUCGACGCAUCAACAUAAGCCCCAGCAAAAUAAAGUUGGCUAUGCACUGAAGGCUGAACCACGUUUUAAACGUUCACAAUAUGAGCUUUUGGGUAUUGGAGACGGCGGAAAAUUAUCAGAGGCUGCAGAGCUUAAUGAAUUGAUUGAAGAAUUGAACGAUAAUGGGCUAUUGCAGUCGGCAUCGCUGGCAUCGCAGGCACCGAUGGGGAAAGUAUUGAAUGAAAUCGAUGUAGACAAUUUGCCACCGGUUCUCUAUGUGAUGUUGUUGGAGAAGCUUAAGGAAUUGCGUCAUGAACGGCAACUUGCUACUACUAGGCGUACACCACGACUUGGUCGCAGUAUUGAUUUUCAAUUGUUUGACGCAGCCGCCGUUGCUGAUAGUUUAGCACGUGAUUUCGAAACUACCAAUGAUGAUAAUUACAGGGCUUCACAUUUAUAUGUACCGCGCGUGAUGAAAAAAUCCGUGCCUUUUAAGCCACGUCUCGGAAAGCGGUCACAAGUGUGCGAUUAAGGUAUGUUAUUCCCCUUAAACGACAGUGCAAUGCGAGCAGUGCGCGGCUAGAAGAAGAAGAGAAUUGCUAACAGUUUCUUCGCGUAACCCUUUAUUAGCGUGAUUUCUUUUGCAUUUGUUGUGGCACAUUUUCCAAAAUCGGGAGGAAUUAAAAUGUUUUUGUUUGAAUACUUGUUUGUUUUCCUGUUUUAGUUCUCA